AAGAAAAUGGACCCAGAUGUGCAUGUAACGUCAAGAAACCAGAACAGAACCCACCACCCCCGGUCUUUUCCCUGUAUAAAACCACCAGAGUUUUAAGGAAAAUUAUCCCGAUUGCAAUCCGUUUUUCUUCUUUUUAUCUCAUGGAUCAGCAACAUUUGGAUGAUGAUGAAGCUAAACAUUGGCUUCCAUCUUACAUGUUCCUAAGUGAAGCCAUUCCUUCUAGAUAUACUGCUAAUUCUCACUACUUAUCUAGCAAUAUGGAUCACCAUUUGCCUGCUUUACUCCACAGACCUUCUGCUCCAGAAGCAACUCCAUGUUCACAGUGUAUCAGACCAGUGGUUCCUGAUGUUUCAGUGAACCAUUUAUUACCUGCGUAUCAUGAUCUCGGUUUCAGUCGCGGUGUUGAAGUUGGUCAAAGGCUUUGUGGGAAUGGAACUGGACAGCUUUCCACCCGGUUUGACCCGGUUUAUAGCUUCCAAGUUAAACAACGGGUUAAUGAUUUUUAUCUGGAAACAAGAGCUAGGGUUUUGCAAAGGCAGCAAAAUCGCCUUCUUCAAAACCAGAUUUAUCCGUCUCAGGCAAAUGUGAUUGGACUUGGCGGCGGCAAUAUGAAAGAAUCUGGAGGUACUGGUGUGUUCCAUCCUCGCAUUGCAAACCCCACCACAAGAACCAGUACUAAUGUACUUAAAAAGAAGCAAGCUGCAGCUGGACCGAGAAAUAGGCAAGAGUCCCCACUCACUCAACAGAGAAAUGACCGGAAAAGGGUUGGUGUCAGCAACCAGGAGGAUUGCUAUUAUCAUCUCUCCCCUGAGAUGGCUUUGCCUCAGGAUUGGGCUUACUGAGCUAAGACUAAUGUCUAUUGCAAAAGUGUCCAGGAAAGAUAGUUAUCUUUAGGAGAAGAAAAGAAAUGGGUAAUAAUCAUUAAUAUGCUUUUCGGUUUUAAGCUGUAGAUUGAACUAAAGAAAUUUAGUCGUUUUGCUUAGAAGGAGAAAGCUGUGUUUAGGCUGUCUAUGCAAGUGUUGAGCUUGUUCAUAAAAAUAAAAGUGUUUGCAUGUUCUCUUCA